ACGCCCGCCGCCGCCGCCGCCGCCCGGGCUGGGGUCGCCGCCGGCUCAGCGGGGAACAGAUCGCCGCGGAGCGUCAGGAGGCGCGUCCCACCUGGCCCGACCCAGGCCGGUCUCUCGAGAAAUGGCCCCGGGGGCCCCCACGCUGCCGCCGGCGUUGCCGCUGCUGCUGCUGCUGCUGCCGCCGCCGCCCGGGGUCCCGCCCCGCGCCGCCGGCUGCCCGGCCGCCUGCCGCUGCUACAGCGCCACGGUGGAGUGCGGCGCCCUGCGGCUGCGCGUCGUCCCGCCGGGAAUCCCGCCAGGGACGCAGACGCUGUUCCUGCAGGACAACAGCAUCGCGCUCCUGGAGCCAGGCGCCCUGGCGCCGCUCGCCGCCCUGCGCCGUCUCUAUCUGCACAACAACAGCCUGCGCGCCCUAGAGCCCGGGGCCUUCCGCGCACAGCCGCGCCUGCUCGAGCUGGCGCUCACAGGCAACCGGCUGCGCGGCUUGCGCGGCGGCGCCUUCGCGGGCCUGGCCCAGCUGCGCGUUCUCUACCUGGCGGGCAACCAGCUGGCGCGGCUGCUGGAUUUCACCUUCUUGCACCUGCCGCGACUGCAGGAGCUGCACUUGCAAGAAAACAGCAUUGAGCUGCUGGAGGACCAGGCUUUGGCUGGGCUCUCCUCCCUGGCGCUGCUGGACCUCAGCAGGAACCAGCUGGGCACCAUAAGCCGCGAGGUCCUGCAGCCACUGGCCAGCCUGCAAGUCCUGCGCCUCACAGAGAACCCAUGGCGCUGUGACUGCGCCCUGCACUGGCUGGGCGCCUGGAUCAAGGAGGGGGGCCAGCGACUGCUCAGCUCCAGGGACAAGAAGAUCAUGUGCGCAGAGCCCCCGCGCCUGGCCCUUCAAAGUCUCCUGGACGUAUCCAGCAGUAGCCUCAUCUGCAUUCCACCCUCUGUGCACGUGGAGCCACUGGAGCUCACAGCCAACCCGGGUGAGGAUCUGUGGGUUGCCUGCCAGGCCUCCGGCUACCCGCAGCCCCUGGUGACCUGGAGAAAGGUGCCCCAGCCCCGCGACGGCCGGCCGCGGGCCCAAGCCCAGCUAGAGGGCGGGGCGCCGGGACUGGGCGGGCACGCGACCUCGGACACGGGCAGCGGCAUGCUCUUCCUCGCCAACAUCACGCUGGCGCACGCCGGCAGGUACGAGUGCGAGGCCUCCAACGCCGGCGGCGCCGCCCGCGUGCCCUUCCGGCUUCUCGUCAACGCGUCCCGGGAGCAGCCAGGGCGGCCGCCGCCGCCGCCGCCCCCAGCCGCCCGCCCCGCCGGCCGCGAGCCCCGGCCCGAGGAGGGCAGCAUGGCGUUCCGCGCGCUGGGCCUGGCCACGCAGACGGCCGUGGCGGCGGCCAUCGCGCUGCUGGCGCUCACGGCGCUGCUGCUGGCAGCCAUGAUCUGCCGCCGGCGGCGCAGGCGGAAAAAGGCUCGCGGGCCGCCGGGCGAGGGCGCGCUGUUCGUCAACGACUACUCGGACGGGCCCUGCACCUUCGCGCAGCUCGAAGAGCUCCGCGACGAGCGCGGCCACGCCAUGUUCGUCAUCGACCGCUCCAAGCCGCUGUUCGCGGAAGGCCCGGCCACAGCCCGCGCCCCGCCGCCGGCCGCCCGCGAGCCCCACUGCUGACGACGCGGCGCUGGUGGCGCGCGCUGAUGACGCGGGAGCCGG